AUGUUCAAAGUGGUGUUCGCCCUGCUCGCCCUGGCUGCUGCCGUCUCGAUGGCUGCUCCCGCCGCUGACGAUGCGUCGGCCAACAUUCUGACGCACGAAUCUCGCCUCGAACCGGACGGUGCGUACUCGUACAAAUACUCCACGAGCAACGGCAUUCAGGCGGAGGAGAGUGGCAUCGGGGGACAGUCGGUGCAGGGGUCUGCCUCGUGGGUCGGUGACGAUGGUGUACCGAUCGUGCUGACCUACACCGCCGACGAGAACGGAUUCCACCCGCAGGGUGUCCAUCUGCCGACGCCACCACCCAUCCCGGAGUAUAUCCUGCGAGCGCUACGGUACAUCGAGGCCAAACAGGCGAGCCAAAAUGGUGGAAAGUAG